GCCGCAGCGUGGGUCGCUCAAGUAGCGGGAGAUGUUGUGACAGCGCGGCCGAGGUGGACCUCUCUACUGCGGCACUUUUUUUUUUUUUGGCUGUGCGCACGCCUCAUGAGACGCAGCGUGGAUCGCUUUUCAGGAACUAUUGGCAUUGGAUACCCUCAGUUUGAACACUUUGGAGUGAGAAGCAGAGUCUGAUGAGCCUGGCGGGUGCAACAGUGGCGGCGGCGGCGGCGGGCUAUCAGGGCGGAGGGGCGCGCCAGAGAGAUUUGAUCAUGGAGCAGAAAGUCAGCAAACUGACGUCCGGCUUCCAGCGCAGUUCCACCUCGGACGACGACUCGGGCUGCGCGCUGGAGGAGUACGCCUGGGUACCGCCCGGUCUUCGCCCUGAGCAGGUCCAGUUGUACUUCUCCUGCCUGCCCGAGGAGAAGAUUCCAUACGUCAACAGUCCGGGCGAGAAGUUCCGCAUCAAGCAGCUCCUCUAUCAGCUUCCACCGCACGACAACGAGGUCCGUUAUUGCCAGUCCCUUGGUGAGGAAGAGACCAAGGAGCUACUUAUGUUCAGCAUCCAGAGGAAAAAAGAGGCCCUGGGGAGGGGCACGCCCAAAAUGUUGCCCCGCAAUCGCAUGCACUACGUUUGUGAGCAGUGCGGCGAGAGCAUCAACGGCGGUGAAAUGGCGGUGUUAGCGUCCAGGUCCAGCCCUGGAAUGUGCUGGCACCCGGCGUGCUUUGCCUGCUCCACGUGUAGCCAACUGCUGGUGGAUUUGAUCUACUUCUACCACAACGGCAAGAUCCACUGCGGAAGGCACCACGCCGAGCUCCUCAAACCUCGGUGCGCCGCCUGCGACGAGAUUAUAUUCGCUGACGAGUGCACGGAGGCUGAGGGGCGACAUUGGCAUAUGAAGCACUUCUCCUGCUACGAGUGCGAGACCAUCCUGGGGGGGCAGCGCUACAUCAUGAAGGACGGAAGGCCCUACUGUUGUGGCUGCUUCGAGUCUCUGUACGCAGAGUACUGUGAGGCUUGUGGAGAACACAUAGGUGUUGACAACGCCCAGAUGACCUACGAGGGCCUCCACUGGCACGCGACUGAGAGCUGCUUUAGCUGUGCCCAUUGCAAAAUCUCCCUCAUGGGCUGCCCCUUCCUGCCCCACCAGGGUCACAUCUACUGCUCGAAACCCUGCAGUCUGGGAGAGGACGUGCAUGCCUCGGAUUCCUCCGACUCAGCCUUCCAGUCGGCGCGCUCCCGGGAGUGUCGUCGCAGCGUCCGCAUGGGUAAGAGCAGCCGAUCGGCCGAUCAGUGCCGACAGUCGCUCCUCUUUUCGCCGGCGGUCAACUACAAGGUUCCUGGAUUCAGUGGAAACCCUGACGACACCAUGACCAACAAGCUCGCCCAUUUGAACUUAUCGGACGAGCAUUUCUGGAGAGGGCGUGGUGAGGAGACAGAGGCACCUGAAGAUCAGGGGGAGGAGUGGGCGGAGCAUGAAGACUACAUGACUCAGCUACUAUUGAAAUUUGGGGAAAAUGGAGUCUUCAGACAGGGCAAUGACUCCAGACCCACAGAUUUUUGGGUUGCGGAGAGAGAAGCGAGGUUGAAACAGGACUCCUUCAAAGCCGGUAGCAGCGGUGGAGAAGGAAGGGCAAGUCUGGCCAGCAAGAAGUACCAGGCCGACAUGUACUGGGCCCAGUCACAGGACGGGCUCGGGGAUUCCGCCUACGGUAGUCACCCGGGUCCGGCUAGCAGCAGAAAGAUCCAAGAGUUGGAGCUAGACCACGGAGCUGGAGCAGGGAUGGGAGAUGAGUCGCGGUGGUACGGUGGCUCUUUGGAGUGCAUCACAGACGAAUUCAAGAAGACCAAUCAGAGUGUCCGAGACUCCAUGGACUCACUGGCUCUCUCCAACAUUACUGGCAUCUCCGUUGAUGGCGACUGCAAAGACAGACCUGUGGUGUACUCAAUGCAAGGCUUCCACGACCUGGAGACAGAGGACUGUGAGAAAACCAGCAACAUGGGAACACUCAACUCCUCUAUGUUACACAGGAGUGCAAGUUCCCUGAAGAGCCUUGCAUCCGAGCACGAGGAUGAAGUGGAGGAAAACGUCGCAGAAGAAGAAGCGGCGCAACCUCCAGACGACAGACCGAAGCCACACCUGCCUGCCCUGAGGAGGACACGCUCGCAAUCCAGGCAGCAGCAGGUGAAAUUCUCAGACGACGUGGUAGACCGUUACGGAGAUCCCCCGGUGCGGCAGCCUCCUAUGAGUGAACGGACUCGCCGGAGAGCGUUCCACUUUGAGGAGCAGGGUCAGGAGCUUCACUCCGGGGGCCGCAGCCAUCACCAUCACAGGCGGCGUCGUAGCCGCAAGUCUCGCUCCGACAACGCUCUCAACCUUCUGCCUAAAGAACGGGGCUACAAAGCGGACCAUAGAGGGCAUCGGCGAGACGAGGCCUUCCGUGGUCCCGCUGGCACCAUGUCAGAAUACAGGCUUCAGGGCGCCGCCAUGGGGAGGUUCCUAGAUCUGUGCGGCGAGGAUGACGACUGGUGCUCUACUUGCUCGUCCUCUUCUUCUGAUUCUGAGGAGGAGGGCUUCUUCCUGGGUCAGCCUAUACCUCAGCCCAGGCCACUUAGACACUACUAUACUGAAGACUUGCCUAGCCCUGUGGCAGCCAUGCCCUCCCCUCCUUAUGGCCAACGGACUAAAUCCAAAAAGAAAGGGCGUAAGGGGAAAAACUGUAUUAUUUCAUAGGCUUUUGUCCCAGAACUGGGUUAUUCUCUGCUUUUGUUCACUGUGGUGUGCCUGCCUGUCAUAUACCAUAUUUCAUUGAUAGCUUCUGAGGCAUUACAAUCUGCUGGUUAAUUAGAACAAUAUUGAGUUCAGAGUAAUGCGUAUUUAUAUAUUAAAAAACAAAAAAAAACAACCUCCGUAAGGGUAUUAAUAACAAAUGUAUAUACUGUAUGUUUAGUUUUUUUUACCCAUGGUUUAAUGACAUGCUCUUGUACAAAAAUGGUAUUAACAUGAACUAAUGGUAGUUUUUUUCCCCCGCAGUGAAGGUGGUCCUUGAUGUUAUUUAGCCAGCUUGAGCAGCACGGACUAAAAAAAAUACAGUUUUAUAAAAUGGUUUAUUAAAAUGUUUUAGAGUAAGUCAACAAUUUCAAUCUGUAUAAAUGUAUAAACUGGAGGAUAAAGUUAAGAUAGA